CGGUCUUAUUCAUAAUCAUUUUUCACAUUUUAUCAAAUGCUUAUUAGAGGUUUAUAAAACGUUUGAUAAAAAUUGUUAUUCAUAAUCGUCAUUUAGCGCUAAAAUCCUCUUUUAUCUGUGUGAUAAGUUAUCGAGAGCUCGGGCCUUGUUUAAAGCUCUAAUAAACCUAUUUUAACCUAACUUUUAUAAAUGUCAUUUCAUAUGAAUGUCACUUCGUUGGUUUAUUUAUUCAAAAUAUCCUUGCUGUGAUCCUUGCUUGUGAAAAUGAAUGCUAUAAAUGCAAUUGUGCAUUUAGCCAAUAAUGCCGACCCAGCGCGACGUAGAAAGCUCUACCGCCAACGAAGCAACCCAUUCGAUUUGCGGGACCUAAAUUUUAAAAUAAAAUAUAGGUUCAAUAAGGACACAGUGCGCACCAUCAUAGAUUUGGUGGAAGAUGAUCUGGUUCAGAGCGCUAGAGGUGGUGGCACGUGUCCUGAACUGCAAGUUUUAGUGGCCAUAAGAUGUUGGGGACGUCGUGAGGUACAAGAUGAUGCUGGUGACCUCCAUGGCCUAAGUCAGCCGACAGUGAGCCGGAUAUGCGCCAGAGUCGCGCAUGCAAUCGCGAAUAAGGCAAAUUCCUUCAUCAAAAUGCCUAUCACUAUAGGAGAGCAGGAAAGAAUUAGUGCCAAAUUUAGAGCAAUUAAAAAUUUUCCUGGGGUGAUAGGAGCCAUAGAUUGCACCCACAUUAAAAUUAAAAAAACCGGAGGUGACAUGGCCCAGUACUAUAUUAAUAGAAAAGGCUAUUAUUCCCUGAAUGUUCAGGUUGUCUGUGAUGCUGACCUCAAAAUAAUGGAUAUAGUGGCUAGAUGGCGAGGCAGUACACAUGACAGUCGAAUUUUUAUGGAGAGCAAUAUAAAACAACGAUUUGAGGAUAGGCAGUUUAGAGGACGCCUUAUUGGCGAUUCGGGCUACCCUCUUCUGCCAUAUCUAUUUACACCUAUUUUAAGGCCUAGUCGUCCAGAAGAAGAAGCAUACAAUAAUGCUCACAUCUCAACUAGGAACACUGUUGAAAGGUGUUUUGGGGUGUGGAAGCAGCGGUUCCAAUGCCUACUCCAUGGCUUACCAGUAAGCCUCCAAAAUGGAAAAGCUGUGAUCAUAGCAUUGGCUGUAUUACAUAAUAUAGCCAUUGAUAUGAAUGACACAUUGUUAGAACAACAUAUGGAGCAGGUCCCUGUAACUCCGCAACUUUCGACGGAGAACAGUGUUCACGACAACCGACCUUCAUUGUUGAGGCGUAGGUCGCAGUUGAUACUACAAAAUUUUAUAAAUCAACAUUUUUGAAUGAUACUGUUCCUGGCAUCUUAAUGAAAAUAAAAAGAAUAUUUGAUUGAAAAA